AUGUCGACCUUUGACGGGAUCGUCCAUGCGGAAUCUUGGUGGGUAAACAGCCUUAUCCGGCAUCCAGUUCUCAUUCCAUACACUCUGAGUGGUAAGCGAUUGGAUAAAAUCUAUCUCGACAGUACGUUUGCUCGCCACUCGUCCAUAUACCGUACAUUCCCAUCCAAGGCAAAAGGAUUGGCGGAGCUUCUGCAGAAAGUGGCAUCAUACCCAGAGGACACUACAUUUUACUUCCGAGCAUGGACUUUCGGAUACGAGGAAGUCUGGAUGGCACUUUCUGCUGCUCUCAACUCAAAGGUCCAUGUGGAUCGGUACCAAAUGGGUCUGUAUAGAUCACUCGUUUCCGCUCAGAAGGGGACCAGCGAAGCAUCUGCUCUUUGUGGCUUUGAGCUCGGCAAUAGAUUUGUUCCUGGCUGUCUAAGCGAAGACGAAGAAUGCCGCAUCCACAGCUGUGAGCCAGGCGUACAAUGUUCGGUGAUUUCUUCAAAGAAACCGGUUUAUAUAAUCCCGAUAGUUAGUCGAACGAAUGACGGUUCGGAAAUACCCGAAAUUGGAGCUGGAGGCGGAGGUGGCGACCUGUAUCAGAUUCAUGAGCUCGAGAUCCCGAACGAGUUGGCAUUAGAGCAGCUAGAGAAACUUUGUCUCGAAAGGAUCCAUGAUUCUCAAACACUCUUGGAGACCCGAGAGGCGAUUAUCGAGGCCUUCAGGUCCAAAAGCAAAGCACUCCAGCUUGAUAGUUAUGAGAUGAAAGAUGAUCAUGACAUACCCCUGGAAAACCUAGUGAACAUCCUCAGUCGACGCCGUUUCCAUGGCAAAAACUGGUCCAAUAACAACCAAGGAUCAACAUGCCGACAUGAUACAUUAGGAAAUUCACCUCCAACAGUUAUUCACUUUCCAUAUUCGCGCCACUCAUCCUACGCAGAAUUAUGCGAGCUGGUCUCCGCAUUCAAGCCAAAAGACAUAUACCCCUGUACAGUGGAUCCUCUAACGUGGGACGAGGACGUCUCCAUUCAAAGUCUCUUCGGCCAUCUGUGCUCAGGAACAGAAUUCACCCACGACCAUCAUAUGCGAGACAUGCUGGAGAACGACGAAGACCUCUGCUCAAGGAAACGAGCUCGCUACGAAGAGCCCACAUCACAAUCGAGCCAGCUAUCCAGUAAACUCGACAGCAUGGCCAGAACCCCAGUGGAUGUUUCUACCAGCAACCCCGGCGACGAUACAAGCUUAGAUAGAGGAGCCCCAAAUCGCACCAAUUCCCAACCAGACACAACAAGCUCACAAGUGGAAACACAGCCGCAACCAAGACCCUACAAAACCCACACUACAAAACCAAACAUACUCUCAUCCUCAUAUUCAUCCUCAGACUGCAUCCCCAUACCAUCAUCCCUAGAGGCCAUCCAAGACAACAACCAAGCACCACGCCCCACCCCAGAAUCAACCCGAGCAACAGAAAAAGCCAGACGAAGCGAGAUCCGCCAAGCAUGGCACUUCCUAAACAACGUUCGCUCGGACCAAACACCAUUCCACCUUGGGUCUCUCCCCUCUUCAUGGUCCACCGAAGAAGACAAGGAACCCGACUAUCAGGGGAAGACGACUGCAAUUGGAGAGACAUCACAUCACGUCGAUGAACAAUCUGACAGUGACCUCGACACAGAAAUCGACGUUGGUAUCACGGACAACGAUAUUAGAGAACAAGAACCAGAGCCAGAAAGCCAAUUCAGCUCUUCACUCUCCAUCUCCUCUUCUGCCUUUGCAUCCCAAGAACAGCCCUUGGAGCCAGCCAGUGAGAUGGGUUUUGAUGGUGCAGUUGAUGAGCAUAUCGAAACUCGAGAACAACUAUUGGUUCAGACUACGGCGUCUUUAUCAGCAGAUGCCCAGACGGCCAAUGCCCUAAAGAGAAGCAACAGCUCGUCCCGGAUACGGAGAGCCGCGUAUCUAGCUGCUAAAGCGGAUAGUUACGAGGCCUGGGCGUCGAUGGGGCUUGUCUCGGUGGGGGACAAUCACACCAAAGAGGAGAUCGAGCUGUGAUUGCGACCCCAUGGACUAAACAAAAGUCCCGGGGGGGGUUAUUACCCUAUAUACUGAAAUACACAUAUUUAUAAGAGGAAACACGGAGUAAUUAAUUAUUAAAAAGAAAGAUGGAUAUCAAUCAUUACACACAUUCAUAACACAUGCUCAUAUGCACACAUCUGCCGAGAUGCAAAAGAAACCAACCUAUACCCU